UGUUACAUACACACACAGUUACUGCCACAGCCACACACAGUCGGCGGAAAAAGCAAAAAUAAUACGCGAAAAGCAAUAGACAGAACAUCAUGAACGCCAAAGCUGACGUCAACCGACGCGUUUUGACCAUUCAAGCGAAGAAGAAGCGUCAUAAGAACAACAAGAAGCGGGGCAAGCAGAACGGUGUGGUAGCUGGGAAUCCGUCACAGGAACCGCAGCAGCAGCAACAGCAACAGCAACAGCAACAGCAGCAGAAUUCCCAGACUGAAAACUGUGCUACGGCAGCAGCACCAGAAAAUGCUAAUAAUAGCCCCAGUAAGCCCGAAGUGCAUCCGUCUGGCAGCGUUGGAAUCGCACCCGCCGCUGUCACCACAUCCUUUAGUAAGGCCACAGCAACGGCCACAUCCACGUCAAGCGGCGGGUCGGGCAGCACCCCAGAGACCCCCAACCACUAUCAGCCGCCGUCGCAAUUGCAAUCGCAAAUGCAAUCACAGUCGAAGAACAAGAAGAGCAAUCACAAUCAGCAGCAACAGCAAAAGCAGCAGCAGCAGCAGCAGCAGCAGCAGCCGCCGCGCAGCUCCUCGAACGAGUCGUACGAGUCGGAGCUGAACAGCGAGAACGAGGAGCAGGAGCUGAAGGAGGACUACUGCAAGGGUGGCUACCAUCCAGUCAACAUUGGUGACCUCUUUCAGGGUCGCUAUCAUGUCAUCCGGAAGUUGGGCUGGGGCCACUUCUCUACCGUCUGGCUGUGCUGGGAUCUGCAGGAGAAGCGCUACGUGGCCAUCAAGAUUGUAAAGUCGGCGCCGCAUUUUGCCGAGACGGCCAAGGAUGAGAUCAAGAUACUCAGAACGGUGCGCGAGACGGAUCCGUCCAAUCCGCGCCGCCAAAAGACCGUCCAGAUGCUGGAUGACUUCAAGAUUAGUGGGGUAAACGGGACCCACAUUUGCAUGGUGUUCGAAGUGCUGGGCGACAAUCUGCUGAAGCUCAUCCGCAAGUCCAAUUACCGUGGCAUACCACUGGCCAACGUAAAGGCCAUUACGCGCCAAAUACUGGAGGGCCUGGACUACUUGCACACCUGCUGCAAAAUCAUCCACACAGACAUCAAGCCUGAGAACGUGCUGCUAUGCGUGGACGAGCCGCAUGUGCGCUCCAUGGCCACGGAGGCCACCAAGCUGUACUGCAUGAACUCCAAGAUGUACCCGUCGCUGGUCAGUCGGGCGCCCAAGGAGUAUCGCGAGCCCCAGAUCACCGGCAAGAUGAGCAAGAACAAGAAAAAGAAGCUCAAGAAGAAGGCGAAGAAGCGCAUGGAGCUGUUCAAGAAGCAGCGGGACUAUCUCGAGCAGACCGGACAGCCAGCUGCAGACGCAAAUGCUGCUGAGGACCAGGCGGACUGUGUCGCGAACCACAAUGCAAAUUCGGUGCAGAAUGGCGAUGUUGCCAUCUCCGAUGGAGAGGAGGACGUAGACGUGGACGUAAAGCUGGAACAAGAUCCAGAAGAGAACGACGGUGAUGAUGAGGAUGUGGCUGUUGAGCAGCCUGUGGUGCCCAAGCAGGAGACGGAGCAGGAAGAGGAGGCCAUCAGCCACCAGGCACCGGGAGAUAAUACUGAGAAAGCCAAAAAGAAGAAGAAGCGAAAGAACAAGAACAAAUCCAACCAGCCGCAAUCUCAGCAGCCUCAGCAGCAAUUUGAGAACUCGACGAGCAGCGGCGACAGUAUCAAUGCCGGAAAGAGCGGCGUCCACACCAACGGCAGUAGCAGCAACAGCAACAGCAAUAGCAAUAGCACAGUUAAGGGACAAUCAAAUGGCGCGGCAGACGGCAAGAAGAUGCCGCUUCGACCUAAACAGGAGAAGCAGCAAGAGCAGCAAUCGUAUCAGCCGCUGAACAACAACAACUCCAGUUCGAAGCAGACUUCGAACAGUAAUUCGAAAAUCUCAAGCAACUCAAUGUCGAACUCCUCGUCGGCCACCAAUGGACCAUAUUCCGAUCCGGGAGUGCCGCCGGCGCCACCACCGCCGCUGUCAAAGCACAGGCCGAAGCGUGAGCCGGCUCUGGAGGAGUGCAACGUGCAAGUGAAGAUUGCCGAUCUGGGCAAUGCCUGCUGGGUGGAUCGCCACUUCACGGAGGACAUUCAGACGCGGCAGUAUCGAUCACUUGAGGUGAUCCUGGGCUCGGGCUACGACACAUCGGCAGACAUCUGGAGCACUGCCUGCAUGGUCUUCGAGCUGGCCACGGGAGACUAUCUCUUUGAGCCACACUCCGGCGACACGUACUCCCGGGACGAGGAUCACUUGGCCCAUAUCAUAGAGCUGCUCGGCCCCAUACCCCGUCACAUCGUGUUCCGCGGCACCUAUGCCCAGCAGACGUUCAGCCGGAACGGGGAGCUCCGCAACAUAACGGGACUGAAGCCCUGGGGUCUGAUGGAUGUGCUGCUAGAGAAGUACGAGUGGCUGAACAGCGAGGCGGAAUCAUUCGCCUCCUUCCUUAAGCCCAUGCUAGAGUUCGAUCCGGCAAAGCGAGCCACCGCUGCGGAGUGUCUGCAGCAUCCGUGGCUUAGAUAAGAUACGAUGCCACCUGGUUGUUGGUUGCGUGCCACCCAGCCAGCAGCUGAUGGAGCAGGGGCAGUAGGACUAAGAGAGGCAGGAGCAACCUUUGUAGAGUCAUCGGCAUCUGUGGCCACAUUGGCCUCCAUUUCAUCAAUUGCGUCUACAUCGGCUGCAGCUAUGGCAGCGCUCAGAGCUCGUCCCUAUUCGGUAGCACCGUUCAUGGCUGUCUCAGCACCGCCCACACCUCAUCCACAUGCGGCUAAUUCAACAUCCACAGUCCGUACAGCGCCGGCCACACCCAUGCGACGCCGCAUCAUCAACAACGACGCCGAGCGGGAUGUUUUAGAAAUGCUUGAUCUAAAUGUUUCCCAGAUGGAGGAGUCACAGCCAUAUCCGAAGUCCAAAUCUCAGCGCAUUUUCUGGCGUAAAGCGUUACGACGCGUCUUCCAGCGCCGCAAGUGACAUCAGCUGCGGCGUCGACGACAGGACUUGCCCCGUUGGCAUCGUCCCGCCCGUCGCUGCCGGCGUCGCAACCUGGCCGAGCGUGUGCGUCGCAUCUGCGCCUGCUGCGCCUACGGCCAGAUUCUGCUGCGGGCCGCCCGCGUUGCCCUACUCAGCUGCAUCCGUUGGCGAACGCGCGGCAACAUACGCAACAGCAACUUCUACUUUAGCAAUCACUAAACACCACAGCCAACAUCAAUCAGCAACCAGCGACCGACGGCCAGCAAACAGUAACCAGCAACCAACAACCAUCAGCCAGGAACCACGGAAAGGCGCUAAUAUGCCUGAUCUACACCUGCUCCCACGUGAACCAAUUUGAAUUAUAUCGUUUAAUGUUAAUGAUGAGAUAUCCAUUCGGUUUAGUUUUUAGAUAUGCCAGGUCUUUAUUUAUUUCCUGUGUUGUACAUCGACAAUUAGACUAUUUUCGUUGGUACAUAAGAAAUUAAACACUGUAUUACUACCUAGACCUACACUCACUAAUCCUGUACAUAGGACAGCCGGCACUUUGCCUGGUCGGUGCUCAUGUCCGUGCCCUUACCCGUACCGUGACCCCAUAAUCGACCAUGCACCAUCCAACUUGUUGACAGAAACCCCCACAACAUGAAUCACUUAAUCGCAAAGGCCCCAAGCAACUAUACAAUAUAUAGAUAAAUGUCUAUUUGUUAGUGUACAUUUAGCCAAGAGGCGAAUCGGCAAAUGUAGCACACGAGUAAAUAGCGAGUUUAUAGCGAACAUAGUUAAUUGAACUAGAGUCCAUUGGUCUGAAAGGGCCGAAAAGGAGUUUUUUUUUAUUAGCAUAUGUCGAUGGAAAUGUACAUGGGAAAGCAUUCAUUAAUGAGCUGAAAAUAACAAUAAUACAAACGUAGCUAAUUGGUUUAUCGUCGGUUGAGAGACCGUCUGAACAAACUGAAAUCAAGCCACGAGCAGUAGAAGAAAAAGCAAACCAGAACUUCAAGAGCACUAUUAGAAGCACUACCAACAAAAAAUUAGGUUACAACAGCCACAAGUGAAUCCAAUCUUACAUCUUAAGCGGAACUAAGUAGUAUGCAAAAGAAUAUCAAUGUAGCUGCCACUAACAAAAUAUUGUUCAACAUUUAAUAAUAGCGCAAGAAACACAAUUAAGAAACACUAAUUAAACAAAAUAUCGGUAGAGAAAUAUUCGAAAAUCUCACAACCAACACACACACAUCCACACACACACACACCAUUUUGACACACUUACGAAUACUAAAAACACUAAAGUCAUGAUAUUUCAAUCACCUCCUCUCCGCAUACACACACAAAUGCAAAUGUAUCCCAAAAGGCCACUUUAGUUAAGCCUAGAACUGAAAAUGUUUUGGGCAAUAGAUAUGUACGAUACGCGAUAUGACAUGUGAUGUGAUUGGGUGGAAAAGUUUAUCAGAAAUGCCUAACAGCAGGUCAGCUGGGAGAUUGUUCAAUGUGUCUGUGUGCAUAACUGACUAUUUACUGUAUACAUACGAGUACAUACAUACAUAUAUAUAUAUGGAUAAGUGGCCUUAUUAAUUCGAUUCUCCGCACCACACCCAGGCACCACCUUCACACACACACACACACACACAAGACUCGCUCUCAAAUGCACACUUAGAUGCUGAUACCGAUUAAACCAAGCCAAUCACAAUUGAAGAUUUCUAAACAGAAAACCUUAUCGCUAAACCGAUUUUCCCCUAAGAAAACUUAAAAAAAAAGAGAAAAUAUUGUAACUGGAGGCCAGUAAGCUAAUAUCAAGCUAAACUAAACUUAAAGCAAGAGAGAAACGAUCCCUAAUUGUUAGCCGCAAUCAAACUACGAUGUCAUCAGAUUAAUCAUUAACGGAAAUUAAAAAUAUCUUCGGCUGGCCGAUGUUACGACAUGCAUACUCUUUGAAAUCUCUUUAAAUACCUCGGAGGUGGAGAAGUAGGCAAAGUCCACAAGGAGAGGACCCAAGAUGAACAAUUCUAUUCGAUUCCGAACCAGAAUCAGGAACCCAGCUGCCGGAUCGCAAUUCCAAAAUGCUCUCACGCUUUCAAAGAGUAUGAUUAUGAAUUAUACGAUACGAUACAUAAUUUAUUGAUGUAGUUAUAAACAAAAUAAACAACAAAAAAUUACACAAAUUGGAAAACAA